AUGAAUACAUUCAACAAGACCUUAGGUCGAGCUGUCGGCCCCAAGUUUUGUAUCAACCACCAAGUAUAUCCCUUCACAAACAAAUACGUCAUGAAAUUCAACCGCAAAGUCCAUCAAAGAGUGUACAAGAGAGUUUUAGGAGCUUUCAGGCUGCUGGAUCAGUGUGAAAUGUCUACCCAGUUCAAGGAGUUUGAAUUCGGCAUUCUCAAAGGAACCUAUAGUAUACCGUUUUCCUUUGGAUGUAAUCUGCCCACCAUUUAUAGUGUUGACUUCUGCCAGAGCUACGAAUUGGAGAUGGUGCUUGUGACUCCGAAACGAACCUUCACAGAACGACGGGAGGUGCUCAUUCACAAACAAGUGCCUUUUCAAAUAGUCUCUAUCAGAGAGACAGUCAACGAUCAAGUAUUUAACUUGACGACUCCAAAGCUGUUCUACAAAAACAAAACAAAUAUGGUCAAAUUCGAAGGAUCUGGAAACUUUUACAUGUGUAUUACUAUUGCCCAAUAUACUAAGGUGACUGUUAAAGAAGGUGAUAGUUUCACCGUUACCACCCGCCAAAGAGUAUAUCACGGAAACAAACAAGAAGUCAAAAUUCCCGGAAAAGCUCUACGGCAGUUGAGCACUGGAUAUAGCACUUGUGAGAAGUUAAAAUAA